AUGCGUGACAUGAAGGGGUGCUCGUGGUUUGUGCAUGUGCGAGUAUUGGAUGCUAAUGGGUUUUUCUACGUUCGAAAAUGGGAUAGUGAGCACAGUUGCGAUGUCGCUGUUUGCAUCGUGAAGAACAGCUGCCUCAGGUCAGAUAUUGUAUCCGACAUUUUCUCACAAUGUAUAUGCGACAAGCCUCUCACAAGGCCGAUUGAUGUUGCAUUUGAUCUGAAAAAGAAUUACAGGCUUGAGAUAAGUUCCCACGUCGCUUGGCUAGGUGUCGAAAAAGCUAGGGGUGAGUUAUUUGGUGCCCAUUCCGUAUCUUUUGACCAACUAUGUUGGUACAGCGAGGCCGUUAUGGAACACAACCUGAGCACUUACAUCAACAUUGAAUGUGAUGUACAUGACAACUGGUUCAAACGGUACUUCAUAUCGUUCAAGGCAUGCAUUGAUGGAUUCAAACAUUGCCGCCCAUUACUUUGCCUAGAUAGCACUUUCUUAAAGGGAAAGUUCAAAGAAAAUUUACUUGUUGCCACUACAAAGGACGGAAACCGAGGUCUGUUUCCAGUAGCGUUUGCGAUCGUUGGAGUGGAGAACACAACAAACUGGUCAUGGUUUUUGCAGAACCUCCGGAAUGCGUUCGGUGAUGACAGGACCUUCACGAUUGGGUUGAUCGCCAAGUUCAACAACUGUGCGUAUGCUCUAACAGUUUCUGUAUUUGAGGAUAUGGUUGGAAAGUUCACCAGAUCCGGUAAGGCAAUUGCGACUGCUUUCCUCUGA